CAAACAGGUCUGAACACUCCCUCAGACAGUUAACAAUAGAGACCAAUCUCACAAUGGACUCCACGACCCGCGUCAUCCAAGCCAUCGGGCUCACUUCGUCCAUCUUCCUGGCUGGCGCCAACAUCGGUGCUUCGCAUCUCACUGUGCCGCUUCUCUACCAACAGCCCAUCUCUAUCAACACAGCCUUCUUCAAGGACUUCUACAUCCGAGGCGCCGUAACCUUGGUUCCGCUUUCCAUUGUAUCGGCUUCAGCCUCGGCAUUUGCCGCAUACCUCGUCCCUUCUCAACGCACGAUUUGGGUCGCUGCCGCUGUGACGACAAUCUCCCAGAUACCCUGGACUGGGCUCGUGAUGAUGGGUACCAACAACCGACUGAAUGCCAUUGCGGCCAGCAAGGUUGAGCUGGAAAAGGCAAGCAAAGAGGAGGUAGUGGACUUGUUGAAGCGUUGGCGAUGGAUGAAUAUUGUGCGAGGGUCUCUGGCUCUUGUGGGAGGACUGACGGCUGUCUGGGCUGCGAUGAGUGAAUAAUCAGUUGCCGUCGGGGUAAGCUCUUUAUCGAAUGGAACAUUCUUGCUAAAAAUGUGCAAGCUUCGGUUUCAGUUAAUGUCACAGGCGAUGUGGAUUGUGGCCGAGGGUGAGACAAGGACAUAUCCCUCCCAAUGAUUCAAUUUCAAGUUUGGCAAUGUCUGCUUCAUCGUUUCCUUUCAGAGCUGGGAUUAAUUAGUGAUGGCGGAGACCAGAGUAUAACAAGAAUGGUUGUUUGAAACUAUCUAAUAAGAAGGGAUAUCUCGAGAAUUUGAGAUUUUUGCGAAUGAUAGCUAGCCU